AUGGCCUCAUCGUCUAGCAUUGAUUUGUCUGGAUCCACAUACUGUGUGUUAACAGGAGCCUCCCAGGGUAUCGGCAGGGCUAUUGCUGUUGAGGUAUCCAAACUUCUCGGACCAAAUUCUUUGAUGUUGCUCCUGGCACGCAACAAACAGGAGUUGGCGAAAACAGCGAGCUUAUGUGAAUCAGAUAAUGUGAAGGUGUUAUUUGAAUCUGUUGACUUGUCCCGAGCGGCUAAUAAGGAAAUGAAAGGUGUCCUGGAGAACUCUUUACAAAGGAGGAACGUGACGGAUUUUGCAUUAAAUCUUAUUUUCCACAAUGUCGGUUCUCUUGGUAAUUUAGCUGUGGAGACGUCACGGAUGGAGGAUGUUGAGGAGUUAAGGGAAUACUAUGAUCUGAAUGUUUUUAAAGUUAUCUCGUUGAAUACUCAGUUUCUUAAGAUCUUUCAAGAUGUCGAAGACAGGGUUGUGAUUGUUAAUGUAACUUCUUUGUGUGCAAUUAAGCCGAUGGGUGGCAUGGCAUUCUAUUGUAGUGGGAAAGCAGCUAGGGAGAUGUAUUUCAGAGUGCUCGCUGAGGAAAAGAAACAUGUCCGGGUGCUGAAUUAUUCCCCGGGGCCAGUGGAGACGGCAAUGAUUGACUAUGUGCUAGCCGAAGCUGUGAAUGACAAUCUAAGAGAUGUGUUUACUACAUUCAAAAACCAGGGUACACUGUUAAAGCCUGAAAUGACAGCAAAAAAAUGCAUGAAAGUUCUGCAAUCAGGCAAGUUCACACCGGGGGAACAUGUUGACUAUUUUGAUGAUGAGUAGUUGAGUUCCUAUUCUCAUUCCAGCUCUUUAAACAUUUGUAGCUUUCUUACUGACAGUAGGUACUUUAUUGCCAAAUUAAAUAGAUAUAUAGCUUCUAUAGAAUUAACUAUGUCAUAGACAUUAGAUAUUUAAUACUUUCUCAUUACAUGCCUUUUUAAUAGAUACAGAUAGGUUUAUCUUUUCUAUAACUAUGAAUCUUAUUUUCACUAAUAUAUGGAAAUCAUGUAUCUACCAAAUAACUAAAUAAUGUGUAUGCUAUAACAUGUAACUUGUGAUGUAGAAGAAAUUCAGAACAUACCUCUCUUAUACUCGGUGCAUUCUACCAUGGUGUGAGUAACAAACAACAUUUGUGCAUAUUUUAUUAUUAAAGAACUGUAUUGAGAUUUAAUCAAGUUAAUAAUUAUAAACUAAUACUAUAUUAAUCCAAUGUUUUGUUAAAUUUCUAAGUAUUUUUUAUAGCUUUAGUGAUCUGUCAGCUGUAUCAUACCAUAGUACAAAGCAUGGAGUGUGGCAUGUUUUUACAAUACUAACCAAUAGAAAUCAACUGAAUUAUUAGUAACAUCAAUAUGUCGAAACUUUGUUAUCUCAUGUUACCUGUAUACUAACAUAUCUAUGAAUGCAAUUCAUAUUAAUAAAUGCUUGAAAUGAUAUGUGUUUUCAAUGUUCAUUCCCUUUUAAUGAGUGUGUUUAGUUGGCACUAAUAUGAGUUACAUUCAUAAGUCGCACAUUAACAUGGCUUAUUUGUGUGAACUUGUUCCUUUUUUAGCUUGCACAGACGAGGGACAAUACUUGGCGUACAAUUUUACCAUAAUAAUAAAGCGUAUUAAAUUUUAUGCGAAACGCAUUAUUUGAAGAACACGUACUCGAAAGAAUAUGCCCGCUGCGUACAAAUUGUCCCUCAGCUGCGUUAUCCAUUGACUUAAAACAGACGACAUUAUAACAUGAAAAGGGAUUAUUAGUAGUUGGGUCUAAACGUUCCAUUGCGGGGGGAAGGGAUUAAUAAUAAUGGGAUCUAACAGACCUAUUACUUACAAUUACCCUAUGGAGUCGACCUCCACAUGGUUCUCCCUGGAAACCAUCGUGGUUAAUUCUUGUAAAAUUCGUCACGAUGGGCUAACUGACCUACCCUCCUCACUUAUCAUCCCUCACUGGUGCCCCGCCAACGUAUACCGUUAGCGCAGACGGGGUUGUCAUUCCAUUAUUAUCCAUUGAAGAAAAAUGCUCCAUUGCUAACAAUAUAGGAUCAUGUUGACUUCCCCAUAAUCUCUUUUGGAAUUCAUCGUGGAUAAUUCUAUACGAAUUCACGAUGGGCUAACUGACCUGACGUUAUUCUAAUCCAUCAUCAUUGGUGUGCCAUCAGAGUAUAUAUCGAUAGCGCGGGCGGUGUUGUCAUAUUAUUUCCAUCUAAAAAAAUAUCCAUCGUCCAUGGUAAACAUAGGUUUAUAUUUCACUAUAAAAUGGUUACAUAGAACACUUCAGGGAGUUUUAAAAAAUCAAGUAUAUUUCAAAGUCAGUUGUUAAAUUACAUAUAUAAAAUCGAUUAUAAAAUUUCAUUGAAAAUUUUUUAUGCAACUUAGAAUGGCAAACAAGCUGACGGCCCACCGACAAAGUGGUAACCGUCGCCUACAGACAUGAGCAGUACCAUGGACAUAACAGAGUAUACUGUUUCGCCCAUGAUACCCCCCAUGCGUUGCUAUUCCUGAGGACUCAGGUGUUAUUCCUCUGUACCCUGUUAAUUCACGCCAUAUCCCACCCUUCAAACCAAAACACAGCUAUGCAAACAACUGCUUCACGGUUGAAACACGAAUGGGACAGAGGUACCUAAGCAAUCGACUUUUGUACAAAGUCUCCCUCUGGUAAAAUAAUGAAUAUAUAAUCUGGUAACAGUAUGAAUGAGUGAAUGAGUAUACUUUAUUUGCAUUAUACAAUAUAGGAAAUAAGUAAGACAAUUUACAAACACAACGAUACAAUUGUAUAAGUACAAUAAGACGGUGUUAUUGCUGAGAGCAAUCUUUUCCAGACAACCUUAAGGUAAUGGACUAAUUGUUGUACAAGAUAGUACUGUAUAAUUAAAAAAGUACCUUUAUCAAAUUAAAAAAAAAAAAAAACAG